AUUUGUUUACGUUUUGCUGUUUUUUCUGCAAACUAUUGUAAAAAAUGAAUACCGUGGAAACUGAACAGCAUUUGCUGGCCUUAAAGGUCAUGCGUCUUACGAGACCUACGUUGGUAGGGUUUGGGCCAAUUGUCACCUGUGAGCCCAAAGAUUUGCCACAAAGCUUUAAUCGUGUUGUGGAAAACGAUGGCAUUGCUAGAACCUGUGCUGAAGCCUUGGGAGCUGGCCAAACCAUGCUGCUGCCACAGUCCUUUGGUAAUAUAUACCUGGGAGAGACUUUUUCCAGCUACAUCUGCGUGCACAAUUGCACGACACAUCCUGUGGAAGGGGUCACUGUAAAGGUGGAUCUGCAGUCCAAUACCUCGCGCAUCAAUCUGCUAAUGCAUGAGAAUAAAAAGACAUCUGUGGUGCUGUCGCCAGAGGAAACACUUGAUGAUGUCAUACGCUACGAAGUAAAGGAAAUUGGCACGCAUAUUUUGGUUUGCGAAGUUAAUUAUACCACGCCCGCUGGUUUUGCGCAGUCGUUAAGAAAAUUCUUCAAGUUCCAAGUCCUAAAGCCUUUGGAUGUUAAAACCAAAUUUUAUAAUGCAGAAAUGGAUGAAAUUUACUUGGAAGCGACGAUACAAAAUGUAACAACAGGACCAUUCUGCUUGGAGAAAGUAGAAUUAGAUAGUUCGGAGCAAUACACGGUGACUUCAUUGAAUACUCUGCCCAAUGGUGAAUCGGUUUUUACUGCCAAGAAUAUGUUGCAACCAAAUAAUAGUUGUGUAUUUUUAUAUUGCAUAAAGCCAAAAGCGGAUAUAGCAAAAGAUAUAAAGGCGCUGCGAGAGGCAAACAAUGUUGGCAAGCUAGAUAUAGUAUGGAGAUCAAAUUUUGGUGAAGAGGGCAGACUGCAAACAAGUCAAUUGCAGCGUUUGCCCUUUGAGUAUAAAGAUUUGCGUCUGGAGGUGAUUGACGCGGAGAAUAUAGUCAAGAUCGGCAGCAUAUUUACAUUCCAAUGUCGUGUUACCAAUACUGCUGAGCAUGCCAUGAAACUGCACGUCAGUUUGGAAACCAAAGUGAGUGCGGACUGUGCCUAUACAGGCUCUGCGGACUUUUUGUUGGAUACGCUGCGACCAGGCGAGGUGAAAGAGUUUCCACUUAGCAUAUGUCCAACCAAAUUGGGACUUGUAAAAAUUAGUCCCCUGCUGCUAACGGAUACGCUAAAGAAUGAGCAAUACUAUAUAAAUAAAGUGGUGGAUGUAUUUGUAGUCGAUGCGGAUUAUCAUCAGGAUGGCACCUUUUUGCUGAAUAAGCUUAUACGUUAUGAAAAUCCCAUUGAAUCCUUGAUGCAAAAGCAAGUGCAAUUGCAGGUAGUCUAGCUUUAGUUAUAGUAUAUAAAAUG